AUGUGGCCGCCCAGCAAUCCCUCAUCACCUGUAUUUCCUCACCUUGAACCGAUCAUUGUUGACGGCGACAUGGAGAACACCUACGGUGAUGGGGAUAUGAAAUGUUUUGACCCAGCUGUGCUCGAGUCGUCGACGUCAGGUGGCACCCAGGACUUUGAAGAUCUCUUCUUGCGGCCUUCUACUGUCACUCAAACCCCCAAUUCGACCUCAUGUUUGUCACCAGCAAUGUUGGUGAAAGCCGGUCACCAGCAUCCCUCAGCAAAUUUUGCGGAAACAAAUUCUCCUUUAUCCGACACUCGUUCAGAUUCUCCUGGAGAUUCGAGUCAUAGCUCCUCAGCCGAUUCUCCGCCUGGACAUCUACGAAAGGGUUCUUUGGCUUCUAAUAACUCUGUAGUUUUUAGUCAGAAUAGCACGGCAGGAGAGACGUUUUCUACCCCAUGGUGGCCGGGAUUGGACGACCUCACGGUGCGAGAUUCGCCUUUAUUUGGGCAAAGUAAUGGUGAUCCUUCCUUUAAUGGCGACUAUAGCCUAGACAGCGACCUGGAGACCAGCAACAAAGCUAUGAACUCCGCCUUCGAUUUUGAUAGUGCUGCAAGCAGUCCCAGCCCUCUCAAGAUGGAAGCAACCUCUGAGUCCAACGUCAAGCCCCUACAAACCGGAAAAGGGAUUAGAGUCCCAUCAAGUACAAUACAUCAAGUUCUGGAAUCUAGUUCGCCAUCACCCCAUUUUCCUGUGUCAACCGGCUGUUUUUACUUCGGUAGAUUGUCGGAUGCGCCCAAAACUUCGUUAUUUCACGCCAAAGAUCGACCUGCUUCCAGCCAGUGGAAGCAUCGUUCCCCAGCUUCAGAGUUAGAGGAGACAUUUGGAAGCAUUAACAUGAACGGCACUUCCCCUCUGAGUUCUACCCUCUCACCAAGUUUAAAUUUUGAACUACACACAGUCAACUUUGACACUGUAGCAAAACCUUCUAUUCCUCAAUUCCCCGUUGGUGGUCCUGCUCACGCCGCAGUUCAUAUAAACGUUGGAGAGGAAAACCAUUGUCAACCACGGUUAAUUGUACACCCGACCUCUUUAAAGUCACGGGUGGAAACUCAGAUCCCAAUUAAACUUACUCUCUGCCCUUUACCUCAUGGCGUCAAAAAACUGCGACUUCCAAGCUAUGCCAUUUCGAAACCAAAGUUCCUCGCAAAAUUGGGUACUGAUCGCUCAGCGGAGAUCCUUGAGCUUCGCACAACUGUUGUCUGCACGAGUGCUAUGCAGGAUAAAAAGAAGCUAGAACGAGCUUAUGCAAGAGCACGAGGUGAAGAACGUCAAGCUACCCCCAUAAAACCGGAGUCCCAGUGCGAGGGCCAACCAAAGGAGGAAACCCCGCUCGAAGGUGGGGAUGUUAAAAUAUGUUCCGGCUGCAUCCAGCGAGAACGAAAGAGGGCAUCACGAAAAAAGCAGAGGAAACCGGAGGAAGAUGAAUUAUUUCAAAAGGACGAAGAAAAAAGAGUUAUCGUGUUUAAUACAACGGAACUGAAAGAUUGGGUAGAGCCCACCAGGACUGUUGCAGGGAGUACUGAAUCCCCUUCUUCCGCUGCGCCUCCCGGCGCUAUGCAGGUCGAACUUCCGAUGCGGAUCGCCUGUUAUUGUAGACAUCAAAAUGAGAAGCUCGGAUUUCAGGUUAUUUUCACAAUCAAGGAUCAUCUCGACAACACCAUUUCUCAAGCGAUAACGAACUCGAUCAUGAUUACUGAUGACCAUAAAACUCAUUCGUCUGCAAAUAUUUCUAUUCCCGCUAAUUCUACCCUGCCGGGGGGUCAUCAGCUCCCUGGCGCAGGAGUGUUUUCUGCGAGCGCCAACCCUAAUUCUUUGGUUGCCCAACCUCCUUUCCGCUUGUCCCACUCUGCAACAGAUUUGCAAGCACUCUGGCAUAAUCAGUUUCAUGGUCCUCGAGAACCCCCCAAUAAACCUCCAAAUUCCCAACCGAAUGCUCUUUUAGUAUUCCCAACGCGAUAUCUGUCGAGACAAUCUUCUCCAACCGAUUUCCAAGGACCCUCCAGCAAGCGUCGUAAACAAAGUGGUUCAGGCAAGCUUCCUGCAGGGUUAACCAUGACAAAAAUGGAAAACUCCCGCAAUCCAACUACCCCGGUAAAUCUCGCUGGAAACAAUCAAAGCACUCAACCAUCUAGAGUACAACAAUUGAAUGAGCAAAACAAACAACCUUUUGUGAUACCUUCUUCAAUGACACCACAAUUUGCAACUGGCCCACCUACCCCGAAUGCCAAUGAUAUGUCAUUUUUCAGUCCCAGCGAGCGACCUCAAACCUGUAACAUUCCUCAGCAGCAAAAUUUGAUAUCUGCGCCAAGUUCUGCCCAAACGAGCCGGCCCGGAAGUCCAGGGCCUGCCAAUCAGUUCCAUAAUCCUAGCAAUCCACCAGCCGGGCCUGCUGUGUCAAAUCAAAUGUGGAGCAUUCCCCCUCCCGGCCCACCGAAUCGACUACCUACUAUGAUCCACAAACUUGUCCCAUCCGAGGGCUCUACCACAGGGGGAAGCGAAGUAACGUUGCUAGGAAGCGGUUUCUACCCCGGAAUGGAAGUUGUGUUUGGCGAUACAUUGGCAACAACGACAACAUUUUGGGGAGAUAAAUGUUUGAAUUGCCUUACUCCACCUGCCUUGCAGCCUGGUACGGUUCCCGUUGUGUUCAAGCAUGAGCAUCCGACAUUUGGACAGGCCCAGCCGUCCACCCAACCAAUCAUGCCGAAACAACAGAUAUUUUUCCGUUAUGUGGACGACCGAGAACUCCAGAUGUAUCGAGUUGCCCUGAGCAUACUGGGCCAAAAACUGAGGAAUCCCACUGACGCUUUCCAGACCGCCCAGCAAAUUAUGGGUGGAGGGUCGAGUAGUAUGUGGAACCUUCAAGGCAGCUUCCAAGGCAACGGACAGCAAGGCCAUGGGAAUUCCAACUCGCACGCUAAUAUAAAUGAUUUGGAUGCAAAGAUGCUUGUUUAUCUUGAGUCCUUGGACUCGGAUGACAGUCGUAGGUCUCCACGGUUCAAUCGUCGUUCUCCUUCAGGACAGACGCUUCUCCACUAUGCCUCUUCUCUCGGCUUAACUAGAUUUGUUGCUGGAUUGCUUGCUCGGGGUGCGAAUCCAAAUGUGCAAGAUAGCAAUGGCAACUCACCACUGCAUCUAGCCGCUCUGAGUGGGCAUACUCACAUUGUCCAUCGUCUACGUUUGUCUGGCGCUAACAUUGGCGCCACGAAUUUGCGCGGCUUCACACCGGCUGAUCUUGCAACCUCUCUAGAAGCCCAUCAAGCCGUCCUUGUUCCUGCUCGACAUUACAGAUCGCGCAGUGUCGGUUCAGCACCUUCCUUGCGCCGUCGACUGAGCUCUGCAUCACUAGACAUGUCUUGGGAAACCUCAUCCGGCGAUUCUGAAACUCUUCUGGAAGAUUCCUCCGACGACUCCGAAGAAGUAAGCGACGAACCAGAGUCUUCAGGGGAGGCUCUUGAACCUGCUUUCUACUACCCACAGUCCCGACGAGCGAGUGUAAACCGGGAGCUCAACCAGGGUUUCUACUAUCCACUUUCUCAUGAACCUACCGCCGCACCCAGCGGUGUACUACCUCCAAAUGACGGGGAGGUUGAAGGUGCAGAUGAAAGCAGCGAUGCAACUCCUGCUAGACUCAUGGCGUGGCGUGACCAACUUGCUGCUCAAAUCCACCAGUUCCAACAGAGUGUGAACUGGACAUUCCCCAACCUUCCUGCGCUUCCUCCGAUGCCGACCCUUCCAGACUAUCAAACAUAUCCUAUGAUGCGACGAAUAACGUCUCUUGUCCCACAGCGGCCAACUACCUCAUGGUCGACCACAGUGGUAAAGGAUAGCUGGGACCGGUUAACUGGCAACUCGUCUCCACCAGCUUACGAAGAUUUAUACCCGGCGGAGGAGACGAAGGAGGAAUACGGCAUCAAGAAAUCGUCAAUGGUUCAGGCUGCAGCGGACGCAGCAGUUGAUCAACACUUCGAAGCCUUUUCGGAAGGCGAAGUGUCAUCGUCGAGCUCUGUUUUGACCCAGAAGGACAUUGGAGAUGUCCGGAUCGGACGAACAAAUAUUCCUCGUGAACAACAAGAACAACUACGGCAGGCCCAUGCUCGUAAGAUGAAGAGGCUUCGCAGUGAUAGAAACCUCUUUUUCAUUUGGAUCCCUCUUCUCAUUGUUAUUGCUAUUGCAAUGCUGCAAAACCUCGUUCCUGACAUUUGGAACGGUGUUUCUCGGAGCUAUCAGUUUAUCAAGGCGAGAUAUCGGUUAUAUAUGUAG